AUGGUUAGCAGGGCAUCCAGCCGGGAUGAUUUUGAGAUUGCCAUCAUAUGUGCCCUGCGCAGAGAGUACAACGCUGUUGUGCCAUUAUUCAGCGAGCUGUGGGAUCAACAGUCGGAGGACGACGAGGACAACGAUUUUGGGAGAGCAGCAGGUGACACCAAUAUUUAUGCCAAUGGACGCAUAGGAAGGCACAACGUCGUUUUGGUAUUACUCCGGAAGAUGGGCAAGAGAGCUGCAGCGGGAACUGCAGCGCAGAUUGCGACAAGCUAUACUCGAGUCUCUCUGGCACUCCUGAUCGGAGUUUGUGGGGGUAUUCCCAGAUACAAGCGAGAUGGGAAUGAAGACAUUGAAAUACUUCUUGGAGAUUUAGUCGUGAGCACAAAGGUGUGCGAAUUCGACUUUGGAAGAGAAUAUCCUGAUGGUUUUGCACCAAAAAACACUGAGGAGGAUCAGCCCGGUAAGCCAAACAAGAACAUCAGCAACUUAUUGGAGGCACUUCAAACGGAUAUUGGCAUGAAAACUCUCCGACAAAAGACCCCCGAAUAUCUGCAAGCAAUCCGAGAGAGAACACCGAUUCAUCCCGAGAAGUACAAUUUUCCGGGUCGAAACGCAGACAAGCUGUUCAAAGCGGAUUACCGCCAUAGGCACGAUGGAGCGGUAUCAUGUGAGUGUAGAAAUUGGCAGAAUGCCCGGGAUGCAGUCUGCAAAGAAUCUCUCAAGGCAGAUUGCAACAACACCAAGUGUGACGAGACACAGCUCGAGUCAAGGCGGAUCGAGUCAAGGCAGCAGUUCAUUAACAAGCCUGAGGACCCGGUAUUCCACUUCGGCGCCAUUGCCUCGGGUGACAGAGUCGAGAAGUCUGGUAUUGAUAGGGAUCAGUAUGUGAGGGAUCUCGGAGUCAUCGGCUUUGAAAUGGAGGGGGCCGGAGUCUGGGAUGAGUUGCCUUGUCUCGUGGUAAAAUCAGUCUGCGACUAUGCAGACAGCCACAAGAAUAAGAAAUGGCAGGACUAUACUGCAGCGGUGGCAGCGGCAGCGGCAAAAGCCAUUUUGGAUGUCUAUCCUGGUAGAGAUAAGCCGGUUGAUCGUAAGUUGUCUCGCUGUUUUCGGUGUCCUAGUCCUUGA